UUGAGUCCCCUCCCUGUGGGCCGGGCUUCUCCGGCAGCGCCCGCCCCCGGCCCCUGCUCGCUGGGGAGAGAUGUUUAUUUGGGCUCGGGCUUGAGCUGGCGCGCUGACCGGACGCAGUUUCGGGUCCGAGGAGACUCGCUCGGCGCGGGAGGGAGACAAGAUGUCCGCCAGAGUCGCGGCCGCCAAGAAUACAGCAAUGGAGGAAACAGCCAUAUGGGAACAGCACACAGUGACACUUCACAGGGCUCCUGGAUUUGGAUUUGGAAUUGCAAUAUCUGGUGGAAGAGAUAAUCCUCAUUUUCAGAGUGGGGAAACCUCAAUAGUAAUUUCAGAUGUGCUGAAAGGAGGACCAGCUGAAGGCCAGUUACAGGAAAAUGACCGAGUUGCAAUGGUUAAUGGAGUUUCAAUGGAUAAUGUUGAACAUGCUUUUGCUGUUCAGCAACUAAGGAAAAGUGGGAAAAAUGCAAAAAUUACCAUUCGAAGAAAGAAGAAAAUUCAAAUACCAGUGGCUCAUCCUGAUCCUGAACCAGUAUCUGACCAUGAAGAAGACAGUUAUGAGGAGGAAGUGCAUGAUCCAAGAAGUGUCCCUGGGGGUAUGGUUAACAGAAGGAAUGAGAAGAGUUGGAUGAGGGAUAGAAGUGCAAGCAGAGAAAGAAGUUUGUCUCCACGAUCAGAUAGACGAUCGGUGGCUUCCAGCCAACCGGCCAAACCUACCAAAGUCACACUUGUGAAAUCCCGGAAAAAUGAAGAAUAUGGUCUUCGAUUGGCCAGCCAUAUAUUUGUAAAGGAAAUUUCACAAGAUAGUUUGGCAGCAAGAGAUGGCAAUAUUCAAGAAGGCGAUGUUGUAUUGAAGAUAAAUGGUACCGUGACAGAAAAUAUGUCAUUGACAGAUGCAAAGACAUUGAUAGAAAGAUCUAAAGGCAAGUUAAAAAUGGUAGUUCAAAGAGAUGAACGGGCUACCUUACUGAAUGUUCCUGAUCUUUCUGACAGUAUCCACUCUGCUAAUGCCUCCGAACGAGAUGAUAUUUCAGAAAUUCAGUCACUGGCAUCAGAUCAUUCCAAUCGAUCACAUGACAGGCCCUCCCACCACAGUCACUCACGAUCUCCUGACCAAAGGUCAGAGCCUUCUGAUCAUUCUAGGCACUCUCCACAGCAGCCCAGCAAUGUCAGUCUUCGGAGCAGAGGCGAAGAAAGAAUUCCUAAGCCCGGAGCUAUCUCGACUCCUGUAAAGCAUGCAGAUGAACAUACACCGAAAGCAAUGGAAGAAGUUGUAGGUGAAAGAAAUGAGAAACAAGCACCCACUCUUCCAGAACCAAAGCCUGUGUAUGCUCAAGUUGGACAACCAGAUGUGGAUUUACCUGUCAGUCCAUCUGAUGGUGUCCUACCUAAUUCAACUCAUGAAGAUGGGGUUCUUCGUCCCAGCAUGAAAUUGGUGAAAUUCAGAAAAGGAGAUAGUGUUGGUUUACGGCUGGCUGGUGGAAAUGAUGUUGGAAUAUUUGUAGCGGGUGUUCUGGAAGAUAGUCCUGCAGCCAAAGAAGGCUUAGAAGAAGGUGAUCAAAUUCUCAGGGUAAACAAUGUAGAUUUCACAAAUAUCAUAAGAGAAGAAGCUGUUCUUUUCCUACUUGAUCUCCCUAAAGGAGAAGAAGUUACCAUAUUGGCCCAGAAGAAGAAGGAUGUUUAUCGCCGCAUUGUAGAAUCAGAUGUGGGAGAUUCUUUUUAUAUUAGAACCCAUUUUGAAUAUGAAAAGGAGUCUCCCUAUGGACUUAGUUUUAACAAAGGAGAGGUGUUCCGUGUUGUGGAUACCCUAUACAAUGGAAAACUGGGCUCUUGGCUUGCUAUUCGAAUUGGCAAAAAUCACAAGGAGGUAGAAAGAGGCAUCAUCCCUAAUAAGAACAGAGCUGAACAAUUAGCCAGUGUACAAUAUACACUUCCAAAAACAGCAGGAGGAGACCGUGCUGACUUCUGGAGAUUCAGAGGUCUCCGCAGCUCUAAGAGAAAUCUUCGAAAAAGUAGAGAAGACUUGUCUGCCCAGCCAGUUCAAACAAAGUUUCCAGCUUACGAAAGAGUUGUUCUUCGAGAAGCUGGAUUUCUGAGGCCUGUAACCAUCUUUGGACCAAUAGCUGAUGUUGCCAGAGAAAAGCUGGCCAGAGAAGAACCAGAUUUGUAUCAUAUAGCAAAAAGUGAACCAAGAGAUGCUGGAACUGACCAUCGUAGCUCGGGCAUUAUUCGUCUUCAUACAAUAAAGCAAAUAAUUGAUCAAGCGGAUGGUGCUACAAGUGAUGACCUUGAUUUGCAUGAUGAUCGCCUCUCCUACCUGUCAGCCCCAGGUAGUGAAUACUCAAUGUAUAGCACCGACAGUAGACACACUUCUGACUAUGAAGACACAGAUACAGAAGGCGGGGCCUACACUGAUCAAGAACUAGAUGAAACUCUUAAUGAUGAGGUUGGGACUCCACCGGAGUCUGCCAUUACACGGUCCUCUGAGCCUGUAAGAGAGGACUCCGCUGGAAUGCAGCAUGAAAAUCAAACAUAUCCUCCUUAUUCACCACAAGCUCAGCCACAGCCAGUUCAUAGAAUAGACUCCCCUGGAUUUAAAACAGCCUCUCAACAGAAAGCAGAAGCCUCAUCUCCAGUCCCUUAUCUUUCGCCUUCUGAAACAAACUCAGCAUCAUCAACCUCUGCUGUUAAUCAUAAUGUAAAUUUUACUAAUGUCCAACUGGAGGAGCCAAACCCAGCUCCUGCCACCUCUUACUCACCACAAGCUGAUUCUUUAAGAACACCAAGUACUGAGGCAGCUCACAUAAUGCUCAGGGAUCAAGAACCAUCAUUGUCGUCGCAUGUAGAUCCAGCAAAGGUAUUUAGAAAGGAUCCAUAUACGGAGGAAAUAACGAGAUCGAAUCAUGUUUUGAAGCAGCCAACCCUUGGUCACCCAGGACGAAGGCCAGACAAAGAGCCUGCUAUGAGCUAUGAGCCCCAGCUCCUGAAUGUAGAGAAGCAAGCCAGCAGAGACCUUGAGCAAUCCCUAUAUAGAUAUGACACCGCAAGCUACACAGGCCAAUUUCCUAGAAACUAUGAUCAUCAUCUAAGGUAUGAAGAUCGAAUUCCUGCAUAUGAAGAACAAUGGAUGUAUUAUGAUGAUAAACAGUCCUACCAACCUCAGCCUUCUUUUGAUAAUCACCAUCCUAGGCACCUGGAUUCUAGACAGGAUCUUGAAGAGUCCUCUGAACUAGGGUAUUGCCCACGUUUUGAAGAGCCAGCUCCUCUGUCUUAUGAUAGCAGACCACGCUAUGAACAACCACCUAAAACCUCUACACUCCGACAUGAAGAGCAGACAACUCCUGGGUAUGAUGUGCAUAGCAGGUACAGACUAGAAGCACAGCCUUAUCCUUCGGCAAGUCCUAAGUCUUCUGAGCCCAAACAGUAUUUUGAUCAAUACACCCCAGGUUAUGAGCAAGUACCAUCACAAGGAUUUACUUCCAAAGCAGGCCAUAAUGAGCCUCUCCAUAGUGCUGCAGUUGCCCCUCUAAUACCUUCAUCCCAACAGAAGACAGAAAUUCUACCUUCAAAUACCAAACCACUGCCUCCACCUCCAGCUCUUUCUGAAGAAGAGGAAGAUCCAGCAAUGAAACCACAGUCUGUACUUACUAGAGUUAAAAUGUUUGAAAACAAAAGGUCAACAUCAUUAGAAAGCAAGAAGGAUAUAACUGACACAAGUUUUAAGCUUCCAGAAGUGGCCUCUAAACCUCCAAGUGUUCCCAUCGUUGGUCCCAAGUCUGCUACUCAGAAUCAAUUCAGUGAGCAUGACAAAACACUCUACAGGAUACCAGAACCUCAAAAAUCCCAACUGAAGCCACCUGAAGAUAUUGUUCGUUCAAAUCAUUAUGAUCCAGAGGAAGAUGAAGAAUACUAUCGAAAACAGCUCUCAUACUUUGACCGAAGAAGUUUUGAGAACAAACCUGCACACAUUUCUACUGGUCAUCUCUCAGAGCCUACCAAGCAUGUUCACUCUCAGAGUCAACCAAAUUUUUCUAGUUAUUCAUCCAAGGGUAAACCUACUGAAGCUGAUGCUGUGGAUAGAUCAUUUGGGGAGAAACAUUACGACCCUGUCCAGGCCACUCCUCCACCUCCUCCUCUACCAUCUCAAUAUACUCAGCCUGUCACCAACAAUUCGCUGACCCUUCACACACAUUCCAAGGGACCCCAUGGGGAAGGGAAUUUAAUGUCGUUGGAUUUUCAGAAUUCUUUAGUGUCCAUAUCAGACCCGUCUCCCCUUCAGAAUAAACCAGCAACUUUCAGACCAUCAAACAGAGAAGAUGCUGCUCAGUCUACUUUUUAUCCUCCCAAAAGUUUCCCAGAUAAAGUUUCAGUUAAUGGAGCUGAACAGACUCAGAAAACUGUCACUCCAGCAUACAAUCGAUUCACACCAAAACCAUAUACAAGUACUGCUAGACCAUUUGAACGCAAGUUUGAAAGUCCUAAAUUCAAUCACAACCUUUUGCCAAGUGAAACUGCACACAAACCAGACAUGUCUACAAAAUCCCCAACCUCUCCAAAGACUGCCCUGAAAGCCCACAGUUCAGUACAGCCUCCUGAGUUUGACAGUGGAGUGGAAACCUUCUCUAUUCAUGCAGAUAAGCCUAAAUAUCAAUCAAAUAGUACCAGCACAGUGCCUAAAGCUAUUCCUGUGAGCCCAUCAGCUGUGGAAGAAGAUGAAGAUGAGGAUGGUCAUACUGUGGUAGCCACAGCCCGAGGAGUCUUUAACAGCAACGGUGGGGUAUUAAGUUCCAUAGAAACUGGUGUUAGUAUAAUUAUCCCACAAGGAGCCAUUCCUGAGGGAAUCGAGCAGGAAAUAUAUUUCAAGGUCUGCCGAGACAACAGCAUCCUCCCACCUUUAGAUAAAGAGAAAGGUGAGACACUGCUGAGCCCAUUAGUGAUGUGUGGGCCCCAUGGCCUCAAGUUCCUGAAACCAGUGGAGCUUCGCUUACCACACUGUGCGUCCAUGACUCCUGACGGUGAUCCUAAAACAUGGCAAAACAAAUGUCUUCCUGGAGAUCCUAAUUACCUUGUUGGAGCAAACUGUGUAUCUGUCCUGAUUGACCACUUUUAAUUUUUAACAUAUAGAAAUUUUAUUAAAUGCGAAACUGAAUUAACUUUACUAAAUCUGAAUGGAACUUUAUCAAGUAUUACACUUUUUUAGAAUUGAUACUGCAGUUUCUUAGUAUUACAUAUUUUAUUUGAACUGUGAUAAAAGUUAGUGAACAUGCCACUGAACUGUGGUCAGAAAACAGGCUACAAACUGCAUGUUUGUGAUUAAUGAGCUAUUACUAUUGAAUGGAGGGUUAAAGAUGUAUUGCUUUGUAAUGAUUUUUGUACUUUUUUUUAAUAGUCACUGCUAAUUUCACUUACUGAUUUCCGUUAAAUUACCAGCACCAUAUAUAGGGUGCGUUUAAGUUCUAUUAUUUCCAAAGUAUAUUAUUUUAAACUCCAUGAUGAUCCUGGCCUGGCACACAUAUUAAUUAUGCAUGAGGUAGUAGCACACAUUUUUUAAAUGCAUCUAAACUAUAUACCAAUGUGGUGGAUUAAACAGAAAUGUACAGCAAGGGGGAUUUACAACUCUUCUCCCUGCGCCCCCUUUUUGGUCAAGUGAAAACAAUUACUGUCUAUGAAAACACACUUUUCUUCGGGAAGGACACCAAAGCAUGUGAGACUGGUUCCAUGGCCUCUUUGGAUCAACGGUAGGAAUUCACCGUAUACCACAAACAUUACUAACAAACAGGAAUGCCUUACCCUCAUGCUUUUAAUUCCUAGAUCGUUCUUUUUGUGUAUUAUUGGGUUUUUAUCGCUUUUGUGCACAUCUUAAUAUGGUAUCAUGAAAAAGAUUUAGGUAAGUGAUCGUGAAUUUGAUGGUUUCAGAAAACUAUAAUCACCCAGAAGAAAUCGUGGUGUGAUUUGAGGAGGUUUUUAUCUUUGGUUUUGUUGUUGUUAUUUGUAAGAGUUAGUGGUGGUUUUCAGUUCUUUUUGGCUAUAUAUUUGAAAAUGUCAAUGUUUUAAAGAUGCUUGUAUAUAAAGCGUGCAUACCACUUUUGUUCUUGGUUUGUAAAUUAACUUUUAUAAACUUUGCCUUUUUUAUACAUAAACAAAACAGGUUUCUUAAAGCUACCUUUGUAUUCUCUCCUGUACCUCUUGAGCCUUGAACUUUGACCUCUGCAGCAAUAAAGCAGCAUUUCUAUGAAACACAAGGUCAUUUUUUUUUAAGAAAAAAAAUGCACAGAGUUGUUACAUUUUUAAGUGCUGCAUUUAAAAGAAUCAGCUACUCAGAAUUCUCUAGUUUGGUUAAAUACUUGCAAAGUAUCCCUAUUGUAAUUUGUGAUACAAUGCUGUGCCCUAAAGUGUAUUUUUUUACUAAUAGACAAUUUAUUAUGGCACAUAAGCACAAGUUCUGUUUAGAUAAUAUGCCAUUACAUUCUGUUAAUCAUUAGAUGUAACUGAAUUUCUUUUACAGUUAUUAAAAACCUCAAAUUUCUAAAUCUGAAGAAUAAAACUUUUCAAAAAAAUUGCUGGUUUGAUCUGUUUCAGAAUACAAUCCACCAUUUCUGCUUUCUUGAUAUUUUAUAAUUCUGUUUGAAAAUCCUCAUCACCCAGGGUCUUCUGAUACCACAUCAGAAUUGUUUGUAUUAAUACUUACUUUUUACCACUGCCAAGAUCUACUGUUGAUUAGGUAGUGCACAUAGAAAGACUUCGUUAGGAUUGAAGUAAAUCAGUGAAAUCUUUGAGACCGAAUAAGAAGAAACAGGUAAAGUGGUGCUUUUUAUCUUAUGUACAUAAAUAAUGCUUACAUGUUUAUAUUUAUUAAAACCAAUUUGUGUGUAGUUUUGUCUCCUCGUUUCCCCCACCAAAAUGUAACAGAAUUAUUUUCUUAUAUCACUACAUUUAAGAGCAGAAAAUGGUUUUUGUUGGCUGUAAGUAUUUCAUCAUGUUUGUCACAUUCACUUAACCCAUUUUGGUUGUGGUCAUAGUGUUUUCAUUAACAUCCUCGUGGAUUUAGUCUGUAUUUUUUAAUUAGGGUGACUUAUAAUUUGUGUAAGUGUUCACUUGAAAAAUAAAGAUGUUACUCUUGA